GUCCUACCCUUCACUCAAUAUACCCUGAUGUCUACAACGGAUGGUGUGGGGUGAUUUAUUUAUUGUAUUUCGAGGUCCAGUUUGCCCAACUGAAUUGAUAUUUCAUCAUCAAAAUUGUGUUUCUUUGAUGUAAAAAACUGAAGUUUUACAGUGUUUCGCGCAACUAUGGAUCUCAAAGAGAUAGAAUCGUUCGAGGCACUCGUCCUAUUGAGCGCGGCAACAGACACCCCUGAAAAACUGAAAGCGUUGUUGCAAAACAACCGGCUCAUCCGCAGAAUGGGAAAACACUGCUGCCGGUCGAAACGGAUGAAGGAACGUGUGUUCGGCCUUGAUGCGGUUUUCGGAAAGGCUUGGGGAUGUCCCAAGUGUUACAAGGUCGAGUCAUUCCGCAAGGCAAGCCUUUUUGAUCGGUCACACGUUGAGCCCAUGAUGAUUCUGAAGAUGGCUUAUCUUUAUGUGAGGCAGAAUCUGAACGUAACGGACAUCCGUUCAAUGGUGAGCAAUCCACCAGCCGUAGCAACCGUCACGGACUGGCUCCAAUUUUUCCGCGAUGUGAUGUCAAAGAAUGUCAUGGAAGAAACCAGGGGGAAAAUUGGAGGCCCUGGCAAACUUGUUGUGGUAGAUGAGACUGUGCUGGGACACAGGAGGUACCACCGGGGCCAGCCCAUCGCCCGUGAGACCUGCUGGGUGCUCGGCAUGUAUGAAGUGGAGACAAAGACUGGCAUACUAGAGUUCAUUCCAAAUCGCAAACGAGAAGAAAUAGUCCCCCGUAUCGUGUCGAAGGUGGAGUUGGGCUCAGAAAUCCACACCGACGAACGCCGAAGCUACGCUUCACUGACAGCGGCCGGUUACAUUCACAAAACUGUGAAUCACUCUCAGACCUUCAUGGCACCAGAUGGUACGCAUACCAACCACGUGCUAGCGUACUUCUCACGAGUCAAACAGCUGCUCAGGAGGAAGAACGUUAAAGGUGUCGACAGGAUUUCGUCAUAUCUCGACGAAUUUAUGUGGCGGGAACGCCACAAGGAUUCCUUGUGGCCAGACUUCAUCGCUGCCAUCCAGCGGCGGUACAGAUUCCACUAGCCAUGGCACCUGUCAGCUCCUACUUGCUGUGGUUUUCCAACGAGCUGACUGAGUUCCGCGAGCCCGAGUUGCGCUCGGUGCUGUCCCUGCUGGACGUUCGGUGUCGCUGGACGCCCCAGUCGGCCCAGGAGCCCUUCCUGGUGGUCGAAUUCGACAGCGAGGCGGACGCCUGCGCCGUGGCCCGACGCACCGUGGCCGUCAAAGCCUGCGUGGAGUUAUGGGCAGCUGCCGACACGGAGGACGAGCUACACCGCCAGCUGCGUCGCCGAUUGGAGGACCACCCGGAGACGGUGCUGCCCCAUCUGUCCGCAGACACCUACCGCGUCAACGUGGACGCCUUCAGCAAGAACCUGACGUACGAGGACAAACUGGCACGCAUAGAGGCGAUCACCGACGUUCUCCCGCUGACGGGCGCGGUCAGGCUGCGGGAUUCUGAACUCUGUCUGCAGCUGAUCGAACACUACGGGUCGGACUCGAAUCAGGCGCCGCUGCGGCCGCUGCGGCUCUACUUUGGUCGCUGGCUGUGUGACGGACCACGUGCUACCAUCACUCAGCACUCCCUGAAGCGGCGCGCCUACAUCGGCAACACGAGCAUGGACCCAGAGUUAGCGCUCAUUAUGGCUAACAUGGCACGCGUCGGUCCCGGUCGGCUCGUCCUCGACCCAUUUGUCGGCACUGGAUCACUCCUGGUGGCCGCCGCCCACUUUGGUGGCUACGUGCUCGGUGCUGACAUCGACUCUGCCACGGUGCACGCGCGCACCAGGCCAUCGCGAGUGCAGGAGCGUGGUCGGCGGCGUGGUGAACAUGAGAGUAUCGCGGCGAACCUGCGUCAGUACGGCCUCCAUUCGCGCCUGGUGGACGUGCUGGUGGCGGACGCAGCGCGGCCGGACGUCUGGCGACGCGGUGUCACCGUGGACGCGAUCGUCACGGACCCUCCGUACGGUAUCCGGGAGGUGAGUCAGGCGGGCUACUGCGCCGGGGCGCUGUUCGCCGACCUCCUACAGCUGGCCGCAGAGAGGCUCACCCUCGGCGGCCGGCUGGUGUUCUGGCUGCCCGUGGCGCGCGCCGAGUAUGCCGCCGAUCAGCUGCCGCGCCAUGACUGUCUGCGACUCGUGGCCAACAGCGAGCAGCCGCUGACGUCUCGCGCCAGCCGCCGUCUCAUCACCAUGGAGAAAUGGCGCGAGUUGACUGAGGCAGAGCGAGGUCGUCCCGGCGCCACAGUGCACCCCAGUAUGGACCUGUUUCAGGAGCGCUACUACAGCCCCCGGCCUGUGGUACCCCCCGGGAGGGCGGCGACGGGGGCAGGUGAUAACGAGACUGAGCGGACACUCGAUCCCACCGGCUGUGUUGUGGAACCCGAACAGUUGCACAAAUGUAACGGUACAGUUGAGAAAUGUGAACGGUGACGAAAGUCAGAACCAGCCCAUGACGAUGACACGGUGUAAAGGUCUGAGUUUUGUCGGUGGCAAGGUUUGCCCUCCCUUUUGAGAUAAGUUGCUUCUUUGUGGACGGUUUUGUUGUUUCGAAGUCCUGGAGCUUUCGCCCGUUUGCAAGUAAAAUACUUAUUUUUAUACAAAUAAAUUUUGUACUUUGAAA